AUGGCGUCUCUGGCAGCCGGUGGAGAGAGUUUAGCGUUAAGCAGUGGGAAACAUCUGAUUUCCGUUUACAUUAAACAUGACAGAGAGCCAUUUGUGUACGACUGCAGUAAAGCGGAGCAGAAACCCAAAGAGAACGAGGAUAAAGGCGCCGAAGGCGGAUCGGACGAAAAGGGUAGCGACAGAAUUCUAGCGUUUGCCUUCUCCAAUUCGAGGAGGCUGCUUGCGCUAACGGAUGACAACAAACGCCUCGUUCUCUUCCGCACCGAGCCAUCCUGGGAGUGCAUCAGUACCAGGUGGGUAGUAAGGAGAUGUACCUCCCUGGCUUUCACCCACGCGGAAGACCAGGUUCUGGUGGCAGACAAGUCUGGUGAUGUGUACUCCUUCUCAGUAUUGGAGCCACAGAGACCAGGUGAUCUGAAACUCGGACAUCUUUCCAUGUUGCUGGCCUUGGUUGUGAGUCCAGGCGACAAGUAUGUCAUCACAGCCGACCGUGACGAGAAGAUCCGGGUCAGCUUUCUGAGGUCACCCUACAACAUCCAGUCCUUCUGCCUGGGGCACCAGGAGUUUGUCAGCUGUUUGUUUGUCCCUCCGGCAUACCCACACUGGCUGCUCUCGGGGUCUGGGGAUGGGACAGUGCAGCUGUGGGAGUACGAGUCGGGGAGGCGCCUGCAGAGCUGUAACCUCAAUGAACUGAUUGUCACACAGCCCUCAGACUCUGACACAGACAAGAGGUUUGCCGUCAGCAGGAUCGCCAGUUCUCCAGAUGGCUGUCACGUGGCGGUUCUGUGUGAGAGUGUUCCCACAGUGCAGCUGUUCCGGGUGGAGAAGGGCACAGAAGGACAGCUUGUGCCCGCAGAGACACUUACCCUCCCCCACUGUGCAUGGGACCUGACCUUUGACCCUCAGGGACGGCUAUGGAUCCUACAGGAAAGCCGGGACGACCCUAUCCUGCUGUACUCGCACACACAGGACCACUGGAAGUGUGAGGUCGAGCACAUCGAGCUACAGAGAGCUGUGGAGGUUUUACGCGCCCGGUGGGACACACUCCAAGACUCUGUGGGUGUGGAGAGCCGCUUCCAGCACCUGUACAAGGUGAACUUCGACAACAUGGCGUCGUACCUGCAGAAGAAGCAGGAGAGGAUCCAACAGCAAAAACAGAAGGGCAGCAAGAAGAGGGCAGGGCAACCUCCACAAUCUAACGGGGCCAGCAAAAAAGCUAAGAAGAUGGGCAAAGCGGAGCCCGUGGCCCAGGCUUCUAGCUGAGACUCAGGGGGGAUGUGGAGGUGUGCCUUUUGGUCUGGCUACACUGUGGACUUACACGGUCA